AGAAAAAAGAACAAAUUUUUAUGCAGGAAUUGCCGAGCCUGAAUUUUUGGGUGCCGAGCCUGACUUUUUAGGUUCGCCGCAAGACAUGCUAAAUAAAUUAAUGUCUGUCAUGGCUCAUUGCAUUCAGUCUAGUGUGGUGGUGACAUUUCAUUUCAUGGCCAUGGCCAUGCACAGAUAUUCUCAUCACAAGAUCACCUGAUCAUCACCAUGUUUAUGCUUCCAUUGUUGCUUUCUCCUAUAUGCUUUUGCACGGCUACAUGAAACAUCAAAAUGUUUCCAUUGAAGGAGGGAAUUGUGCUGAACUAGAAUUCGUCUUCUGUACAAGCUUUUACUCAUUCCCAGCCAAGUGAGCACCUUUUGGAGAUAAUGUUGAGGUCAAAACAGCUGCUUCAUUUUGGCAAGGGUGCCAGGUCCUUAAUAGUAUCUGGUGUGCGGAAUAAUUCUUUGGAUGGAGGCUCAGCUUCUUCCCCUGAAGAUGACAAUAACGUCCCCAAAUCCCGUUUCAAUAGCUCAACCGACUCUAGCACCCACAGAUAUUCUCAUUUGUCAUCCUCCAAAUUUAGUAAUUCAAAUGACACGACAAGACCAUCCUUCACGAGUGAUAAAUAUCCAAGUUCAAGAAGUAAAGUUCCUCCUGAAGUUGGCAUCCCAGGAGCUGAAAAAGAAGCUGUCAAACAAGAAGCUAGUAGAGCUGUAAAAGUCCAAAAUGCUGCAGAAUUGGACAAUUCUAUUUCAACAGAAGUUCCUGAUAAUUCAAUUGGUGGUGGUCUUAAGGCAGUUAAGCAUCUAUCUGUGUCGAGUGAUGCUCAGGAAGCAGCAUGUCCCCACAGUAGUAUACAGUCAGGAGCCGUUAGAAGGAAACCAACAUCGCCUAACAGUUCCUCCAAGUCAUUUUCAGCAUCUUCAACAGGAAAGAAAGAGUUUCAGAAACAAAAUGCACCAGAAGGAUCAAGCAACUUAUCAAAAACACAGAGGACAUUUUCGCAGGAGUAUGGGGAACAUUCACCAUAUUCUAAUUCUAGGCAAGAUGCACCACCAUUAAGACAAGAGUACUUACCUGGUGUUCAGGGACAGAAGCAACAGUGCUUUAGUUCAAAUCCCUCAAAACAUACUUAUCCCAAGGGAUACUGCUCGACAGCCAAUGUACAAGGAAAAUCUGGUUUCUUACAACCACACCUUAUCCAAAUUUCUGAGGAUGAUGAAAGGCAAUGUUUUGAGAUUCCACUGGCUUCUGGAACAAGUUCUUCUCCUAGUCAAUAUGUGGGCUAUAAAAACAAUCCUGAAAGUAAAAGUAAGUGGAGGACAAGUAAUGCAACAGAUAAAAUUCAUCCUGGAAAGUUAUCCACAAAUGGGAAUAACAGGGGACAACCUGAAAACCGCAGAAGAGGUAUGAAUAAAGGACAUGCUGGAGGAAAUAAGAAAAAUGGAAAUCGUUCUCAAUGGGCUUCUCCUCCUGCCAAAGGGAGUUUAGUAGAGCAAGUUUCUAGUAUUUUGAGACAAAUGUAUUGGGGACCUGCAACGGUUGAGGCAUUGGCCAAUUUGAAUGCAAAGUUGAAUGUUUAUCAAGUAAAUCAAGUUCUCAAACAGCAGCAGGAACCUGGCUUGGCUUUGAACUUCUUCAACUGGGCAAAAGGACAGGCAGGGUUUAAGCAUGAUGAACAUUCGUACACAACCAUGAUAGGUAUCCUGGGCCGUGCCAGGAGAUUUGAUGUCAUAAAUACGUUGCUUGAUGAGAUGCAAAAAGAGGGGUGUGAACCUACUGUUGUAACAUAUAAUCGCCUUAUACAUUGCUAUGGCCGUGCUAACUACCUAGGAGAAGCUCUGGACAUCUUUCACAAAAUGCAAGAAGCUGGGUGCAGACCUGAUAAGGUCACCUAUUGCACUCUAAUUGACAUACAUGCUAAAGCUGGGUUUCUUAAUGUAGCCAUGGAAAUGUAUAGGAAAAUGCAGCAAGCAGGUUUGACCCCUGACACAUUUACCUACAGUGUGAUUAUUAACUGCCUUGGAAAAGCAGGGAACUUACCUGCAGCAUACAAACUUUUUUGUGAGAUGAUUGAUCGAGGUUAUGUUCCCAAUUUGGUUACUUAUAAUAUCAUUAUGGAUUUGCAUGCAAAGGCCAGGAAGUACUCUACUGUGUUAAAGCUUUAUAGAGAUAUGCAGAAUGCUGGCUUCCAAGCAGAUCAGGUGAGUUACAACAUAGUGAUGGAGGUUCUUGGACAUUGUGGCCGUUUUGAAGAAGCAGAGGCAGUUUUCAUGGAGAUGCAGCAGGCAGGUUGGACACCAGAUGAGCCAGUUUAUGGCCUACUAGUUGAUAUGUGGGGAAAAGCAGGAAAUGUUGAUAAGGCAAGUAUUUGGUAUGCCAAGAUGCUAAAUUCAGGUCUCAGGCCAAAUGUUCCGACAUGCAAUUCUUUACUAAGUGCUUUUUUGAGAGCACACAUGUUCAGUAAUGCACAAAUGGUUCUGCAGACAAUGUUACAAUUAAAUCUAUUCCCAUCUCUGCAGACAUACACUCUGCUCUUAAGCUGCUGCACAAGUAGUGUAUGUCAGCAAGACAUGAACUUAUUCUCAAGACUUUUGGCAAACACAGGCCAUCCAGCACAUUGUUUUCUUGUAUCUUUGCCCACAGCCGAACCCAGUGGACAGAAUAUUAGGGAACAUGCAACCAGCUUCUUUGAAUUGAUGCGCAGUGAAGAUCAAGAAAGCAAGAGGGGAUUUGCUGAUGCAAUAACAAAUUUCCUCUACAAAUCAGACCUCAAAGAAGAGGCAGGAUUUGUCUGGGAAGUUGCCAUGGAGAAAAAUCUUUAUCCACAUGCUGUGACCCGGAAAGCACCAAAGUAUUGGACAAUCAAUCUUCAUGUGAUGUCAAUGGGAACAGCCCUUGUUGCCUUGUCACGAACACUGUCCUCCUUUAGGGAGAGGAUGCUCAUUUCUGGUGUUGGACCAGAUCGCAUAGACAUUAUUACAGGAUGGGGAAGACGUAGUAGGGUUAUGGGUUCUUCUCUAGUGAAACAAUCAGUUGAGCAUGUGCUCAACAUUUUUGGUUCUCCAUUUUCUGUUGAAAAUGGAAAUUCGGGGUGUUUUGUUGGCCUUGGUAAGCCCUUAAUUGAGUGGUUGCAAGAAUCACCUGUUGAGAGGAUGCAUCUACUUUAAAUUCUUUCAUUUACAGGGAAACCAGUGAACAACAUUUUUUAUUAUGCAUGCAAAGAGAUAUUAUUUACCAUCUCUGAGUUAAUUUAUUCUAGGCAUGUUUAUUUUCAAAGAUACAAUUAACUUUAUGUUUGACAUAAGGAGUAAAGAUACUGUUGAAAUCA